AUGAAGUCAAACGUAUUAGAAUUUGCUCAGACCACAUUUAAAGUCAAAAUAAAAGAGGCCCAUCCUAUGGUUCUUUGUAAAGCUGAGAAUAACGCUACAGUAUCAUACUUGCGUAAUUUAGGACUAUCUAAGUGUAGUGUAGUACUCACCGAAAGUCUGAACAUGGUGAUGACCUCGAAGUACCCCUUGACAUUAUCCCUGACUAUGAUGAAAGGAGGUGCGGUAACGUUUCUCAAUCCCCUGAUUGACACAAGCGCAACAACGCCAACCAUCGUGGUGGCCAGAACGGUGAAGCACUGCUUCCUGGAGUGGAUGUCGAGGAGUAGCCAGGGGCCGCGCCAACCGUUCACGCAAACUAUGGCGAAGCAUUCCGUGUAG